AUGGAGUUUGAAAUUCUGACAAAGCAACGAAGUCACGAGGAGAUUGGAGAUAAUAAUAGAGAUAAUAAUGGAUAUGAUGAUGGAGAUAAUGAUGUGAAUGAUGAUGGAGAUGAUGAUGGGGAUGAUGGUGGGAAUAAUGAUGGGGAUGAUGGACUUUGUUGCAUGAAUGGUGAAGUUGUAUUAGCACCACUUCAAGCACCACCACCAGAAAUUUAUUAUUUGCUUACAGAAAAAGAUCCAAUAUCUAAAGUACUAUUUGUUGACAAAAUAAAAGUAUAUAAUCAAGUAUUUGCUUUUACAUCAAUUGCUACUGAUUUAGAUUUGGAUGUUGCUAAUAAAAAAAAGAGGGCCUAUUGUUAUAGAAUUCAGGGUGAUCAUUAUCAUCAAAUUAGCUCAGCUUUGCCAAAACAAGAGGAAAUACCAAAAUUUUUCCAAAUAUAUUUUCAUGAUUCUUCAGAUAUUGAAGCACAAAUUAAUAGAAGACAUAAUAUAAUGAAGCAAUCAUUAAACAGAGAAAUGAUAAGUAUUAUCCAAAAUGUAUUAAUGGAUUUAAAUCCUUUUAUAGAUACUUAUAUAUCUGCAGGAAAUGAGGAUUUACAAGAUUCUCUAUAUUAUAUUUUAAUACAUAAUAAGCAUGGCAAAGAUAUGAGACAAUAUAAUACACCAUCAACUAAGGAAGUAGCUGCAAUUUGUUUUUCUGAUGAAACUAUGCAUGUAAGCAAUAUUCUUAUUGUAAGACAUAAUAAUGAAUUAGAAAGAAUAUCUGAAUUACAUAGUAUAUAUAAUCCUUUAGCAUAUCCUUUGCUAUUUCUAAGUGGAGAAUAUGCUCUUAAAAAAAAGAUGGCUCAAUAUCCUGAAGCUUCUAAAAUCUCUGAAGCUGAAGCUGAAGCAAGUGGUACUUCUAAUAUUGACUUUGGUACUUUAUUAGAAAGAGAAUCACAAA